AUGAUAGUAGAGAACUUUGGCAAGAUGGGGCAAAGUUGGUGGUCCGCGAGUCGUCGGCAAACCUUGUAUUCUCCGCUGCAAGUUCUAGACCUCCUUGAAACUAAGCGGGAAGAAUCCGAUGCGCUGGCUGUGGGAGGGGUUGUGAGACAGCCCCCGCUCGAUGCCUCCAGUGAGAGGGGGUUGUUGGUUGGGAAGAUCUCCACAUGGGGAACCGAUAACCCGGAAGCGGAUGGAAACCGAAUUCUAAAAGAAGUCAAAGGAGUUAAGCGUGAUGAAAUGCGGUCAGUUCGUGUAGAGUUGUCAGUCUGCCAAUUCAAGCUGAUUCUGGUCACAUCCCGAAAUCAACUGGUCCAAUCGAGCGCCAGUGCAAUGUUCUAG